AUUAGUCAACAUAACACAACAAAGAAGAAUUGCAAAAACGUGAAAUUGCUCAAGUAAAAACUUAUAAAAAACGCAGAAAGCAAUCAUAAAAACUGAUAAAAGAUUGAAAUAAUUGUGCACAAUGGAAGCGACUCUCAGCUCGGAAGGCUCGAAUGCCUCCAGCGAGUAUGCCAUGGACGGGGGCAGCAAUAGUGGAUGUAAUCCUCGUACGCGCUGCCUGGAGAUGAAUCUGAUAAAUAAUGGACAAUGCGUCGGCGGUGGGACAAGCAAUGGGAAUGAGGGUUCCCUACUAACUCAGGAGGUUAAAGAUUUAUAUAGAACAUUAUACACUGCCUCUAAGCAAUUGGAUGAUGCGAAAAGAAAUGUGCAAACGAUACAGCAGCUCUUUCAGCAUGACAUCGAAGAGAAACGCUCAACACUGGUUCAACUCUGCAAACAAAUCAUAUUCAAAGACUAUCAAUCGGUGGGCAAGAAGGUGCGUGAGGUAAUGUGGCGUCGCGGCUAUUACGAGUUUAUAGCCUAUGUCAAGAAAAACUGGCAUAAACAAGGACUACAGGAUGGCGGCCUUACGGCCCAGGAGAAUAUUUUGAAAUUAGAGAAAUUUCUAUGCGCUGGCAUCUUCAAUUAUAAACGUCUAUCAUCGAGAAUGGAGGAGAUUUACGAUUUGGAUCUCAAGUAUCUAAUUGAUUUCUCCAUUAUCAGCGAAGGUUAUAUAUCCGAUCUAAUGUCAGAGGGUUCUGAGGUUAAUACCCAAGCGGUGGAUAAAAGUUUGGAAGCCGUUUCCUUUGCCCUGGACACCAUCCAUUCAUCGCUCUUGAGUCUGGGUGAUCUGCAUCGUUAUUUCUUGGAUUUUCGCAUUGAUAGCAAGUUGAGCAUAAGCAAGGAACAAGUGGCCAAAUAUUAUUUGGAGGCAUUUAAACUGAAUCCAGCCAUUGGCAUGGCUCAAAAUCAAUUGGGUACUCUCUUCUAUGGACAAAACUAUGAUUUGGAUUCAACCUAUCACUAUCUAUAUUCGUUGGUUUGCAUCAUACCAUUCGAAUUGAGUGAGAAUAAUUUAAAUAAAUUAUUUGCCAAGCAUACGGAAUACUUGGAACAACUUGAUCCAGCCAAAUUGGAAUUUAAUAUUGAGGAUUUUUUUGCACGCUUUUAUCUAAUCGUUGAUAUCUUCUUUUUCGACAAAGAGGUACCCGAUUUUAAUUCGCUGUGUCAUUGCGUUCUCAUCGAUUGGCGUAAAAUCCUAUGCUCUCAGCAAUUUCGUUUGCCCGAAUCGAGUGUAUUCAAAAUCAUUUCGAUACUCUUUUUCUGCUUAUCAAAGCUGAAAAUGAUAAACUCACCGAAAGUGUAUUCAUUGCAUGCCUUCCUCGUGGCUGCCUGUUCCGAUUUAAUGGACUCUUGCAUUGUGAGCAUUGAGCAAACAAUUUUGGCUCGUGCCGCCGACAAUGAGAAAUUCCAGGCCGAGUAUGAACAACGUUUCCAGGAAUUUGAUACUGUGGUGCGUAAGUCACGCAAUGAAUAUAAAAACUGGUUAGCUGCUGUCGGGGAAUGUGAGCGAAAGGAUAAAAAGCUAAUGACACGUCCACAUUCGCUCAAGGAUUGUAGUUCCGAUUCGCGUGACAGUCAACAUUCGGUGGAUGAUGCGGUCAAGACCCAGGAGGCUCAGGAUACCGAUAAAUUGGGUGGUGAACCCAUUUCCACUCGCUCGAGUGAUGAGGCCAAGGAGAGUGAUCUGAAGACACCGCUCUCAUGUAAAAGCAAGAGGCGUGGCAUGCGUUUACGACGACGUCGCCGUAAGAUUGCCCAAUCUGAUGAUAGUUCAUGCUAUGACAGUGAAAGUGACAUGGAUACUGAUUUCUAUAGCGAUGAAGAGGACUAUACCGAUUUAAGUUCCAAUUUCGAUACGGAUUUCAGUGACAUUGAUGCCGGUCCAGGCGAACAAGGUGGCGAAGAGCCCUAUGAAUCUGCUGCCUAUUCCAAAAAGGAGCGCAAAAAUUGCGGCGGUGGCAAAGUCUAUUCGGACAGCGAGGAUGUGGUCAUUGAAGAGGAGAAAAUUGUCUAUCCCGAUGAGUUGAUGGAACGCAGACCUAAUUCCCAAGAGAUUGAUUCGGAGGAGCUUCUACGCAGUUUUGAAGUGCUUCAGCUUAAUUUCAAGAGUACCGAGGAGCAACAGCAACAAACUAAAGCUAAAUCAGCUAUAAAGGCGGAUCAAGCUCCUGCUGAUGUUGAUCUUCCACCGGCACCAGUGGCACCUUUCACCAUUACAGAGCCCCCCAAGAAGCUCAUCUAUCGCAACAAGUAUACGAAAAUCAAUCCAAAUAUUAUUAUCGAUUGUCUACACAAUGAGCCGACUAUACGGGCUUUGAAAAUGCUUUUCGAUUGGCUGCGCAUUAAUCCGGAAAUACUGAUCGGUUGCUAUCACUCCAAUCCGGAAUUCGUGCACAAGAUUAUGAAGUUACUAAACUAUUGCAACAUUGAUGUCUUCACCCGUAAAGUGUACUUCGAGCGUGAGCUACUGACCACCAGCAAUGUGCGUGAGGCUCUUGUCGAGCUCUUCGAUGUGCGUGCCAAUGUCCCAUUGAGUGAGGAUUUCGCUUUCAAGAAUUUCGAUAUAUUCCAAAGCACUCAAAUCACUUUGGAUUGGGAGACCAUCAUAAGGGAGCGUGUUACGCCACAGGAGGAAUCCAUUUUGCGUAUCUUUAAAAUGGUUGACUUUGGUUUCUUUAUAUGCAAGCAGAAGAAAUUUAACUAUCGCUUCUGUGUGAAGACUCGUCGUUUCACCGAGAAUCAAAAGAAGAAACAACGCGAGGAGAAGAAGGGCGGCGGUUCCAGGCGACGUGAGAGGCGCACGGCUCCAAAGACCACACGCAAACGGAACGAGGGACGCACCCGACGCUAUUCGGAUCGUAAGAAUGGCAUUGUACGCAAGAGUUAUACCAGCAAUGAGGAAAAGGAUACAGUCGAGGAAUGUCGCAAAUUACCCCGCAAGGGUUAUCUACGUAAUCGUAAUGCCGAAAAAGCAGCAGCUGUCAUCGCUAGUGCCACGGGCACUUCCGUAGCUGGUGGCACAUCCGCCUCAACCACCACAAAUAGUGUGAUUGAGAAACUGAACAAUGUGGCCUCCAGCUCUGGAGCCGAUGAAGAACGCUCCGAGGCCAUGUCCAAGAAAUGCGAACUAAUGGGCAAACUUUGGCUGCAAAAUGAAGUAGAAACACUCGAGGAGAAACUACGCGAUAGUCCAGCUCAUGUGGUCAUGUCACCAUUCGUUGUUGUCGAUUCCAAGGCAUUGACGGAAUAUAAUGGCAUUGUCAAGUCUUUGGUUAGGACCAAGAAAUGCAUUGUCUUGAUACCCAAUGCAGUUCUCAAUGAAUUGGAUGAGCUAAAGAAGCGCAGUGAAAAUGUGCGUCAUGUUAUACGUUGGUUGGAACAGGAAUUCAAGCAUGGCAAUCGUCAUUUGAGAGCCCAACGUGAAAAUGAGAGUCAACCGUUGAGUCUACUGAAGAUUUCACGUAAAAUGGAUCGCGAUGCUUCAGUCUUUUUGCAGAUAGCACAAUUCUGUAAUCAUUUGGUGGCCAAUCAUGCCGAUCCACAUGUCAGUGAGCUGCAAAAGAAUGUGGUCACAUAUCUAUCGGGUGACAAUCUGCAUGAAAAGAAUCGUCAACAGCAGAAUUUCAGUUAUACAGGCAUAUUGGAUUCAAUACCCGUACGCUAUGGCCAAAUUCAAAGUUUCUAUGCCAAAUUUAAGGCAAAUAAAAAAUGAAUGAUUCCAUGGAACGGCGGCAGCGGCGAUAAUACCACAAACAUGUUUCUACAUAAACGGCAACUGCAGCAGAAACCGAAAAAUGUUGCUAAAUUGCAAGCAAGUAGCGGAAUAUGGGAUGCAAGCAAAAAACAAAAAUCAACCAACGCGACAUGCAGUUACCGAAAAAACAAAACAACAACAAACAGAAAUGACCACAACAACAACAUCAAGUUAACGAAUGUUUCUCUCUCAGGCGGCGGUGGGUAAAACUAAAUUCAAACAGAAGAAGCAGAACAAGGUGAAGAAGAAUAACAACAACAAAAAACAACCAGCAAAUUGCUGCUACUACAGUCACGUAGUACUCUCACGGCUCCUCCGUGUGUGUGUUUGUGUGUGUGGUGUGGGUCCAAAACCAAAACAAUUCAACAAAAAUUUCAAUUUCAUGAGCGUAUGUCCAGAGUACUCAAAUCGCUUCAUCACCCCACCAACCCGACCACGUUCUCUGGCAAAGCGGCAGCAUUGCUUGGAAUUUGCUUGUUAUGUUUUUCUUAGAUAAAAACAUUUAUCGGACAACAAAAACAAAAGAAAACCAAACAAAAAACAAACCAACAAAAUGAAUUCGUUUACUUUCAAACUCAAUGGCAACGAUGACAACCCCAGAAUUACCCCUGAAACGACCAUAAAGCUAACGUAUCAAUGGACAAAUGGCCAAAUCACAACAAACGGAUAAAAAAAAAAACAAACGGAAAAAUCUACCAAAAAAAAAAUUAUUAUAUAUAUAUUAAAGGGAAUCCUAAUAAAAAACGUUUACAAACCCCUUAAGUCCCCCCUAAAAAGGCAGGCUACUCGCAAAGGAGUAAAAGCAGAAGGUUAUGGAUUGUUGAUCCAUUCUCUGAUCAUUUGUCUGGCCUCAAUGUUUGCGGAGGAACAAAUUUUUGCAAUCUUCUCGCCUCAUUCUUCCUCUCUCUCUCUGCACCCUGUUUCUCUUAAUUUUUCAGUUUAUGCUGUCGGCGCUUAUGAAAUUUAUUUACUUCUCUAUAUUAAACAAAAACUUAUAUAAACAAUUAUGCUUAAACAAAACCAACAACCAUGUCGGACAAGCGCAUAUGUAUUGCACAUAAAUCUAACAAAAAUGUCAAACCCAAUUUUACCCUUUACAUAAAGACUAUGUAAACCGAUAUCUACAUGAUUUUGAAAUGUGCUUUAAUUAAUUGCAACUGUUUUACUUACAUUUUCAUUCAAUAAAGUGCCCGACAACAAGUUUUAUCAGCAAAAAAACAA